AUGACCCUCCGGCGGCGCGGGGAGAAGGCGACCAUCAGCAUCCAAGAGCAUAUGGCCAUCGACGUGUGCCCCGGCCCCAUCCGGCCCAUCAAGCAGAUCUCCGACUACUUCCCCCGCUUCCCGCGGGGCCUGCCCCCGGACGCCGGGCCCCGCGCCGCGGCGCCCCCGGACGCCCCCGCGCGCCCGGCGGCGGCCAGCGCUGGCCGCCGCAGCCCCUCCGACGGCGCCCGCGACGACGACGAGGAUGUCGAUCAGCUCUUUGGAGCCUACGGAGCCAGCCCCGGCCCCGGCCCCGGCCCGGCCCCCAGCCCUGGGCGGCCGCCCGCCAAGCCACUCGAGGAAGAGCCGGACGCCGACGGCUACGAGUCCGACGACUGCACCGCCCUGGGCACGCUGGACUUCAGCCUGCUCUACGACCAGGAAAACAACGCCCUGCACUGCACCAUCGCCAAGGCCAAGGGCCUGAAGCCGAUGGACCACAACGGGCUGGCAGACCCGUACGUCAAGCUGCACCUGCUGCCAGGGGCCAGUAAGGCGAAUAAACUCAGAACGAAAACUCUCCGAAACACUCUGAACCCCACGUGGAACGAGACUCUCACUUACUACGGGAUCACAGAUGAAGACAUGAUCCGAAAGACCCUGCGGAUCUCCGUGUGUGAUGAGGACAAAUUCCGCCACAACGAGUUCAUCGGGGAGACCAGGGUGCCCCUGAAGAAGCUGAAGCCCAACCACACCAAGACGUUCAGCAUCUGCCUGGAGAAGCAGCUGCCAGUGGACAAGACGGAAGACAAGUCCCUAGAGGAGCGGGGCCGCAUCCUCGUCUCCCUCAAGUACAGCUCACAGAAGCAAGGCCUGCUGGUCGGCAUAGUGCGCUGUGCCCACCUGGCCGCCAUGGACGCCAAUGGCUACUCAGACCCCUACGUGAAAAUAUACCUGAAGCCAGAUGUGGACAAGAAAUCAAAACACAAGACAGCAGUAAAGAAGAAAACCCUGAACCCCGAGUUCAACGAGGAAUUCUGUUAUGAGAUUAAGCAUGGGGACCUGGCCAAGAAGACCCUGGAGAUCACCGUCUGGGAUUACGACAUUGGAAAAUCCAACGAUUUCAUUGGCGGCGUGGUUCUGGGCAUCAAUGCCAAGGGAGAGCGCCUGAAGCACUGGUUUGACUGCCUGAAGAACAAGGACAAGAGGAUAGAGCGCUGGCACACACUCACCAACGAGCUCCCGGGGGCCGUGCUCAGCGACUGACCCGCCCCGCCUGCCCGCCGCCUGGCCCAGCGCAGGCCUGGCCCUGGGCUUCCUCAGCUGCUGCUCAGGGCCUCGGUCCCCACGUCGGGGGAG